AUGUUCAACGCGCUCAACCGCUUCAUCUCCCGCCUCGACGGCGAGCCCCCGGCUUCAGCUCGCGCCCGCGACAGUAGCUGCGGCUUCCAGGUCCUGCGCAACACCAACGCACAGCUCCCCAUCGAACCAUGGUUUGACUUCAUCGUCGGCAUCAAUGGGCGCACCAUUGACAAUUCCAACCCUCACCUCUUCGCACAGGAGGUGCGCAACUGUGCCGGGGGCAUGGUCAUUCUCACUUUGUGGAGCGCAAAGGGCCAACGCACCCGCACCCUUCACCUCCCCGUCCCCGCCUCCUCUCCAUCGCUCGGUCUAACCCUCCAAUGGACGCCCCUCGCUGUAACCUCCAACAUCUGGCACGUUCUUGACGUCCCAGCUCGUUCCCCUGCCGACGCGGCCGGCCUCCUCCCCUACAGCGAUUACAUCCUCGGAACCCCUGACGGUACCCUCCAUGGGGAGAGCGCCCUAUCCGAGCUGGUCGACGACCACAUUGGGCGCCCGCUGAGGCUCUGGGUGUACAACCAUGAGUACAAUGUCACCCGCGAGGUGACAAUCACUCCCAGCAGGGACUGGGGUGGUGAGGGCGCCUUGGGCUGUGUCCUGGGGUAUGGGGCGCUGCAUCGGCUGCCGGCGCCGCUGAGUGAGCCGGUGAAUGCGCCGGGGGAGACGAUGUUUGAUGGGGAGGCUGCUGCGGCGGCGGUACAGGCUGCGCCAAUUGAGCCGAGCGAGUUGUUGGUGCCGGCGCAGAUGGUACCGAUUCAGGCGCCUCCUCCUCCCGCUGCAAAUACGACGACGACAGUCCCUGCCGGGGGCGUGGCAGCAAGCAGACGCAAAAAGGAACGCCCGCAUCACCAUGUGGGCAUUGACCUCAUGGAUGAUUACUUCAGGGAACAGGAGCAGAAGAGCAGGGAACUGGAUAAUGCCCCGAGUGGGAGGGGCACACCACUGCCCCCUCCGCCCAAGGGGGUUGGCCCGCCGCCUAGGGGAGGGCCGCCGAGAGCUGGGACGCCGGGCACGCCUGGUGGUCUAGCAUCCCCGCCGCCGCCGGUGGCAUCGCCUACCCCUGCUGAGGGAUAG